CGGCGGGCGCGCGGCAGGUCCCGCGCCGGCCCGGGCCCCGCAGAGCCCAGCUCAGCCGGCCCAGCGCUCGGGCGGCCGCGCGCACCAUGGCUCCGGCGGGGGAUCGCGAGGGCUACUGGGGCCCCCCCACCUCCACGCUGGAGUGGUGCGAGGAGAACUACGCGGUGACCCCUUACAUCGCCGAGUUCUGGAAUACACUGAGUAACUUGUUUAUGAUCCUACCUCCAAUUUUCGGUGCAAUCCAGAGUAUUAGAGAUAAGCUUGAAAAGCGGUACAUCGCAUCUUAUUUAGCGCUCAUGGUGGUGGGAAUGGGAUCCUGGUGCUUCCACAUGACUCUGAAAUAUGAAAUGCAGCUGUUGGACGAACUCCCAAUGAUCUACAGCUGUUGCAUAUUUGUAUACUGCUUGUUUGAAUGUUUCAAGAUCAAGAACACAGUAAACUACCAUCUGCUUUUUACCUUAGUUCUGUUCAGUUUGAUAGUAACCACAGUGUACCUUAAGGUAAAGGAGCCUAUAUUCCAUCAGGUCAUGUAUGGAAUGUUGGUCUUCACCCUAGUACUUCGAUCUAUUUAUAUUGUUACAUGGGUUUAUCCUUGGCUGAGAGGACUGGGCUAUACAUCCUUAGGUGUAUUUUUAUUGGGAUUUUUAUUGUGGAACAUAGAUAACAUCUUCUGUGAUUCACUGAGGAGCUUCCGAAAGAAGAUUCCACCCGUCUUCGCUGUGGCCACACAGUUUCAUGCAUGGUGGCAUGUUUUAACUGGCCUUGGCUCUUAUCUUCACAUUCUUUUCAGUUUAUAUACAAGAACACUUUACCUGAGGUCCAGGCCCAAAGUGAAAUUUCUCUUGGGAAUCUGGCCUGUGAUCCUGUUUGAGCCUCUGAAGAAGCACUGACUGCGUUAUCCCACCAGGAAAACAAAAGCAGCUCCCGUGGCUGCGGCCAACUGCGUCACGGAAACCCUCCAAGACCCGCUCGCCCAAUACACCCUGAUCAUCCCCAACAGGCGUCCGUGAUUCUGUCCUGCACUGUACACAUAGAAUGAGGAGUGGGGCUCGCUGGGGGGUGAUGGCAUUUGUCCUUUUUAAACUUGGCUCUCCCCAAGAUGCUCAAAAGGAAAGAGACAUAAUGUAUAUGUUGGUGUAAAUACUGAAUGCUUGGGGAGGCAAAAUGGACUUUUCUUAACAAGUUAACAGUUCGUACUGUUGUAGGAAGUUAACCAUUUUAUCUUUUUUUGGACAAGAGUUGCUAGAUCUUAUUAAAUAACUAAAAGUCAGCUCAGAGGCGCUAAAGAGAUAAUGGGGUAGAGCACUUG